GCGGAUACCAUGUCGAAGGCGGCUGGAAGCGCAGCAGCGGCGGCGGCGGAAAGUUGUCCUUCAGCCUCUGCCAGCCCGUCCGCGGCCGCGGCCGUGGAGGACCUGUCCAAAGUGUCGGACGAGGAGCUGCUGCAGUGGAGCAAGGAGGAGCUGAUCCGCAGUCUGCGGCGCGCCGAGGCCGAGAAGGUGAGCGCGAUGCUGGACCACAGCAACCUCAUCCGCGAGGUGAACCGCCGCCUGCAGCUGCAUCUCGGCGAGAUCCGUGGGCUCAAGGAUAUCAACCAGAAACUCCAGGAGGACAACCAGGAACUGAGGGACCUCUGCUGUUUCCUGGAUGAUGACCGGCAGAAAGGCAAGAGGGUGUCCCGGGAGUGGCAGAGACUGGGCCGCUACACGGCUGGGGUGAUGCACAAGGAAGUGGCCUUAUACCUGCAGAAGCUGAAGGAGCUGGAGGUGAAGCAGGAGGAGGUGGUGAAGGAGAACAUGGAGCUCAAGGAGCUCUGUGUGCUGCUGGAUGAGGAGAAGGGCACCGGCUGUGCAGGCAGCCGCUGCUCCAUCGACAGCCAGGCCAGCCUGUGCCAGCUCGCUGCCAGCACAGCACCCUAUGUGCGGGAUGUGGGUGACGGCAGCAGCACCUCCAGCACGGGCAGCACCGACAGCCCCGACCACCACAAGCACCACGCCAGCAGUGGCAGCCCCGAGCACCUGCAGAAGCCCCGGGGCGAGGGCAGCCCGGAGCACUCCAAGCACAGGAGCACCAGCCCUGAGCACCUACAGAAACCCAGGGCCUCUGGGACCCCAGAUCACCCAAAAGCACUCAAAGGACCCAGCCCUGAGCACCACAAACCCUUGGGCAAAGGCAGCCCUGAACAGCAAAGGCACCCACACCCAGGGAGCAGCCCUGAAACGCUACCCAAGCACGUGCUGAGCGGGAGCCCUGAACACUUCCAGAAGCACAGGCCUGGGGGCAGCCCUGAACACACCCGGCACAGUGGAGGGAGCCCCGAGCAUCUUCAGAAACAUGCCCUGAGUGGGAGCCUGGAGCAUCUACCCAGAGCCAGGGGCACCAGCCCUGAGCACCUCAAACAGCAUUUUGGAGGGAGCCCUGAUCACAAACACGGGGGCGGAGGAGGCGGAGGCAGCGGCGGAGGCAGCAGGGAGGGUACCCUGCGAAGGCAGGCGCAAGAGGACCUGUCACCCCAUCACCGGAAUGUCUACAGUGGCAUGAAUGAAUCAACCUUGUCCUAUGUUAGGCAGCUGGAGGCAAGAGUAAGACAGCUGGAGGAAGAAAAUCGCAUGCUGCCCCAGGGUUCUUUUAGGUUGUCAUCAGGGGCUGAUGGGAGUAACAGUUCACCCAACUCUCCAGAUAGCUUCAGUGGACAUGCCACACCUUCUCAGCAGCCUGAACCUGUGGUACAUUCUCUUAAGGUCUUGGAUGUUCAGGAAACUAUAGAUCGUCAACAGGGUAAAGAGUAUGAACAUGACCUUAGUGAGACAGAAAAAGCUAUAGUCAGAGAAAUGUGCAAUGUUGUAUGGAGGAAACUUGGAGAUGCUGCAGGUUCCUGUCCUGGAAUUAGGCAACAUUUGUCUGGAAACCAGUACAAAGGACCAAUGUGAGAAGCACUCUCUUUCAAACAUGAGAUCACCACUGCCAGAGAGAGAUAAAAGAAAAGAGUGGAUUUCCACAAACCUGGACUCAUGGAAUAACAUGGAGUGAUUGUACAUUGCACAUAUUUUCCCUUUAAAACCUUUAGUAUAACUAAAGCUGUAUUUAAUGUCUCUCACUUCAAUGUCUAGGACAGUCAAUCUCAAGGUAGCUUUGAAGAUCACCAUUUUGGUACUAAUAUUUUCAUUAGAACUAAAACGUUUUUGACUCCUCAGAUCUAAGGUUGUUAUUGGGAAACCUGCAUGAUUGGGAGAGUCUAGUGGAGCCUCAGUGGUUUUGAUAGAGUUGACUCAUUGCAUAUAACGGUGGGAGUUUUCUACCAUGUUGUGUUGAAGAUAAGAAGAGGUGUCUUCCAGCUUCCCAAGUUUGAGAGUUGGGCACCUAUUUCUUAUAUUUUAGUCAAUAAAAUACUAGUUCCUGUUACAUAAUUAAUUUGGAUGCAAGAUAAGAUUAGGUUUCUGGGAUUUUGUUUUGUUUUGACUUUUGAGGUGCUAAAAAUACCACAUAAAUUCUCCUUACCAGCUAGAAGGGUAGGUAGCAAGACUUUAUAGAGUGCUUAUCAGAGAGUACCAUUUAUUUCAGCUGAUCAAAAUAAAUAUAUCUUUUCUUUUAAUCUUGAUGUAUUGUUCAUGAAGACACAUCCUGGGGACAUAUCAACCUCCAUAUUCAUUCAGCGUAUCCAUUGAUGUUAAUAUUAACAAUUUCAAUUAAAGAAGAAGCAAACAUAAUUUUUCUAAGUGUUUCCAGCUGUGAGAUGUCAAUUUCUACACUUUAGUUUCUAGACAUGCUGUUAUAUUUAAUAAACUUUAUGUAAACUUUAAAAUAUUGCACUGCAUUUAUGAAAAAAGCUUUCUUUGCCUACAGCAGCUAUCUAACGUUUUAUGAAACUGACGCAUGUCCAUUAUUGAGGCUAAAAGCUCUUGUUCAGAUUGCUUGAGGUUUGAAAAAGAGGUGUGCUAGCUUUGCUUAGUUUCUUUCUUAUUUUUGGUAUAUAUAUAUAUAUAUAAAAUAUUAGACUGUGUGUAUUGGAAAUGCUAUGAUAGGUAUUUUAUGUUUAUCCAAAUGCAAUGAUAGUUUCCUGUAUGAAUGUGCAAGAGGCCUGUGACAGAAUGCUAAGUUUUUACUGUAGUUUAAGAUUAUAAAAGUAGGAAUGCAACAAUUCCCAGUUUUCAGAUUUCUUCUAAAUUACUAAGAUUUUAUUCAUAGCAGAUAUUCUCUGUUGCUGUUAUUGUCGUUUUUAAACAGGCUCAUUAUACAGUGUAUUAAUUGUCAUUUAGAAGGAAUGUGAAGAAAUUUCAUUAUACUUUUUUUAAAUGUUACUGUGAUGAAAAGCCAGCCCUCUGUUUUCAGAAAAUAUUUAUGAAUUAAUUUAGUAUAGAAUUAUCUCUCUAAUUAUCGUAAUUGGGUUACCAUUUAAGUCUAUCUUUCUUUUAAAAUGUUAUAUAUUUUUAAAAUAUUAUUACUCUGUAAAAGAAAAUUGCUUGCUCUAUUUACACCUUCCCUCAUAGAAAAGCUUUUAUCCUUAAAUUGUUGUAUUCCUACACCAGAAAGACGUUGAAAACAAGUUUUUGUGCCUGCAUAGAGCCUGCAGAAGCUAAUACAAGGAACACUGGUCUUUUGACAAAAAUACUUGUGUAAAUUUUGAUACUGUAUUAAAACUAUUUUUUUAAAGUUCUGCAUAAAAUUGAGUAUCAAGUAUAUGUGUUCAUCUUAGCAAUGGUAAUAAAUUAUUUAAUCUCAUAGUGUUUUUUCUUUUUCAAAAUAUUUUUCCUAAAUUGAGUAGAUUUCUAAUGUUCACUAAAUAUCCUAGUGCUCCUGUAUGAUGAUGGUAAUGAUACUAAUACAGAUGAUUCAUUAUCUCAAAUAUAACACA